AUGAUUGAGUCGCAAGUUCAAGUUCGUCAACGUAGAUCGGAAUCGUUCGAACUUGUUCCAUCGGGAAACCCUACACAGCAGCAUCGGGAAACCGUACAGCCACCAGACGAGUCAUCGUCAUUCAACAUCGACACGGAGAGUACAGCCGGACUUGUGACUAUUGUAACAGUCAACCUUCAUCAGUUAGAGCAGCUCUUUCAAAUCGGUACGGAUCUGGGUCCCAAGUUCUGGGCCUUCCUGGUGCUGUUGGUCACUUCUAUGCUGUCCGUGUUUGGGGUUCUGUUGAUUCGACGAAUACAGACAAGUCAUCGCAUAAAGCGUGGUCCCAGAUUCAAGUCGGUGCUCGAAUGGAUUAGCAUAGUGUUAACGGUUUUGAUUUUUAUUUCCAAUCUUGCGCUGCAAGUUUUUACCAAUCUGAAUACGCAGUGCGCGAUUCUCUUAAACCAACCGUUGCCGCUCGGCAGUCAGACUCCGAAUGCAACGACUUCCUAA